GGGUGCUGAAGACACUAGUACGUCUUUGACUCAUGCUGAACAGUUCUUCCUCUAGUCCUUCUGUCAGUAGCACAUGCUGUCAUUUCCCAGCUGUUAACUCGUGUGUACUGACACCACAGUUAAAUGAGAUCACUCCCAUCAUCCCAUUCAAUUACUCCCACACAUUAACUCUUUCUUGCUUAUACAAUGUAAUCGGAUCCAAAACACUGACUGACAGAGUGAAACACCAUAACCUGUGUAGUCACAGCUACUGCCUGACUGGAAAUGAGAACUAUGGCAUCAAGCUUUUGAACAAAGUGUGCAGUGACCCUGACCAUAUAGCUUGUGAAUUACUUAUAGUGUGGAGGCAUAAGAGAAAGGUUGUUACCUUAGAUACACAUCACUGUUGUCUUUUUUCAUUAUUCUGUCAGAACGUCUGGUUCAUAACCCCUAAUUCUAAGUAAUAGAUAUAAUAUCUAAUUUUAUUUUCAUCUUCCUGCUCUGUUUUCCAUUUUUCCUCGUCUUGUGCAAAUAUUCUCGCCUUUAUCAUAACGUUUAUGCCACAACACAGGUCAUUUACAAGAGGGAUGGAUGAUGACUUUGUCAAAACAUAAGACUCUGGUCAUUGCGCACAUUCUUAGAGCUACUACUUAAGAGCUACCAAUCAACAGUCUCUCAAAACUUAUCCAAAAAACUAUGAAAGCUAUCAAAACGUUUACCCAUAUAAAUGGAGUAUUUAUUAAUUUAUUUAUUAAUCUAUAAAGCAUCUUAAUUACAGUACAGUCAAAGAAAUUGAUAUUUAAAUAAUCUUCAAGUUGAACUAUGAUAUUGCCUGUCAAAGUGUGUCGGCUUAGCCAUUUCAUAACAUCUCUUGAAGUCACCUCAGUGUCUGCAGUAACCAUCCAAUACACUAUUGUAUUUUUAUAACUUGACCACCACCACACCAUGUUUGGCGAAUUAAUACCUCAGUGAGUUAUUUAACCAGUUAUGUUAAUUAGUUAAUUGAACCAGUGAUGAAAUUAACCAAAUACAUGGAAUGGCUGGGUGCCCCUGUGGAGAGGUUUGGGAUCUGAAGCAGUUCUUGCAGCCAGCUAAGGCAAUAGUAACUAUAAUGAGAAGAAAUUCUAGUUAGUUUUUAUUGUUACUUUUAAUUUGCAUAUGUUAUAACGUUAAUUUGUGUAUUUAUUUCUGAGCAAAUAUAUAGUUGCUACCUAGGUAAAUAGCUUUAAGCAUUUUCUUUCACUGCAUAAGACCUUUGCACAGUAAUAUAUAGAGCUCAAUAGCUACAGGUAUGUGAUAUGUAAAUGUAAAUGAUUGGGGGUCCCGAUCCUCCCUACACUCAUCCAUACAGCUCCCAGUUAGGAACACUUUAUUUUAAUAUUUCAAAAACCCGCCGCCUGUAGCAUUGUUUACAAUGGGCCCCUGACGUAAGUCAUAAUAGAUCCAACUCGAGUUAACUGAUCCUGGAGUUGUUUUCCUGUAUUGUGAAACUUAUGUCAAAAUUGAGUGGUUAUAUCACGUUUUAAAUCAUAUAGAGGCACAUGUUGUUUUAUGCGCGAACGUGGGGAUAUAUAAUAUAUAUAUAUAUAUAAUAUAGGUUAGAAGGCAGGCUUUUAAAACAUGCCAGCCUGGGUAUCCUUUCCCAUCCUACGUAGUUCACCCUUUACUUUUUCAGUUCCCUGCCUCCUCCCACUUUUACAAACGUGCCACAAGCACAGCUCUAAAUGGCACGACCUUAGGCUAUGGAAGGUGGUGAUACGGCAAUGCGCGCCGCGUGUUUAUCAUAUUAGCUAUAAUAUUACUGCCAUUUUAGCAUUUAUUGCAGGUCUUCAUAUUUUCAUUUUGUUUUUCAUUUUUCUUCAGUCACUUUGGUGUUUUACUAAAAACUUACUAAAAGAAAGACUCACAGGAGUUUGGGUGAUUCAGCUGGAGGACUUCUUGAACAUUCUGAGGGGUAAUCAAAGAAACGAAGAGCAAAAUUAAACAAGUACCAGAAGAGUUACACUGAUUUUUUAGACUAAAUUACCUCUUUUAAUUUGACUUCUGGUGAGUCCCUGAUCUUGGUUUCAGCAAAUAGUACAUUACUUUACAUUUGAAAUGUAAGCUCAUCUCAAACUGAUGUUUCUCCUUAAUUUCCUGGUAUGCUUUGCCAACCAUCUGUCUUUUUUCUUUCUUGGAUGUGCAUGUACGCUGUGGCCUUCGCAUUUUUGUGAUGUUUGAUACCUUUUUUACCUUUAAUCGGAUACAUAGGUUAUAUUUAAUAGAAAUAUAUCACCCAUCAGACGCACCGAGUGCUGCAGCGCAAGAGGCAAAGGCUUAGAGUGUCGCUGUCUGGGGAACAAUUUAUUUUUGCAAUUUUUUUGGAGGAUAUUAUUUACCUGCAUCUUUAAGGAAAUAACAACUAUAGAACAGAAGUACGACUUCCAAUAGGAUUUCCUUCUGAGGAAAGAAACCAGGUACAGCACCAUUCUUGUGAUGCUAUGGACACCAUGGUGACUGUUUCAUCAACAGGUGAGGACAAUUCCUCUACAAAUGUGGCCUCCCACCGCAGAUAUGGCAAUUCCCGUACAGCAAACGCAAACCACUUCCAUUUGGAUACCAUGAGGAACUAUUCUGAGCCAACUCGGAGGCCCUCAGGGAACUCUCUCGCUGCUGUCAAAUCUGGUGAAUCAAGAGACUCUUCCAGAAAGGCAAGCAGUGCUACUAAUGAGCCCCUGGCUGGAACCAGAGGCAUCCCUGUGGCCUCCCAGGGUGAUGUCACACAAGAUGGGGAGGGACACACCUACGUCGACAACUCCGGCUGCAUCUAUAGGCAUAUCUCACCCAUGCUGGUGCCGUCGAUCAACAAGUUCUCCCUGCGCAUGUUUGGCAGCCAGAAGGGGGUGCUCAUGGAGCAGGAGAGGGUGAGGUCCCUUGGCAUAUGGAUCAUCCACCCAUUCAGUGAAUUCAGGUUCUCCUGGGACUUCUUGAUGCUGGUCCUGAUGAUUAUAAACUUGAUAACCUUGCCAUUUGGAAUCACAUUCUUUGACAGUGAUGACAGCUCAUGGUUUGGAAUCAUUUUUGGUGUCAUUAGUGACAUUCUGUUCCUGUUUGAUCUGUUAUUCAACUUCCGUACUGGCCUCCUGAAAGAGGAUACCUCCGAGGUUGUGCUGGAUCUAACUGCCAUCCGCCAGAACUACUUCCAGACCUGGUUCGCUGUGGACCUUGUGUCUUCCAUGCCUGUGGACUACAUUUUCCUCUUCGUGGACUUGGACGACCAUAUGGACUCAGACAUGUACAAAACGGCUCGUGCACUGCGUGCCAUGCGUUUCACAAAGGUCCUCAGCCUGCUCCGUCUGCUGCGGCUGUCUCGACUUAUCCGAUACCUUCGCCAAUGGGAGGAGAUCCUCAAUACGAAGUAUGACAAGGCCAGCGCACUGCUGCGCAUCACCAACCUCAUUGGUAUGAUGCUACUGCUAUGUCACUGGGAUGGCUGUCUGCAGUUCCUGGUACCCAGCAUGCAGGACUUCCCAUCCCACUGCUGGGUGGUCAAGAAUGACUUGGUGAACCAGACCUGGGUUGCACAGUACUCAUUUGCCCUUUUCAAGUCCAUCAGCCACAUGCUGUGUAUUGGCUAUGGUGUCCACGCUCCGGAGGGCUUAGUGGAGGUUUGGCUCACCAUGCUCAGCAUGAUGGUGGGAGCGACCUGCUAUGCUAUGUUCCUGGGCCACGCCACCACACUCAUUCAGUCACUAGAUGCAUCUCGUCGGCAGUACGAUGAGAAGUAUAAGCAGGUGGAGCAGUACAUGGCAUAUCAUAAGCUGCCCGCAGACCUAAGGCAAAGGAUCCAUGAUUAUUAUGAGCACCGGUUCCAGGGGAAGAUGUUUGAAGAAAGCAGAAUCCUACGGGAGCUGAGCGACCCAAUCAGAGAGGAAAUUGUGAACCAUAACUGCCGCCACUUGGUGACCAAUGUGCCACUAUUUGUUUCUGCGGACCCAAAUUUCGUAUUUGCCGUGAUGACCAAGCUCUGCCUCGAGGUCUUCCUACCUGGGGAUAUCAUCAUACGCGAGAGUUCGGCGGCGCGCAAAAUGUACUUCAUCCAGCAUGGCACUAUCAACGUGACCACCUCCGAUAAUGAGGAGCUGAGCCUCACCGAUGGGGCUUAUUAUGGUGAGAUGUGUCUGCUGACCCGAGAAGACAGCACAGCCACUGUCUUGGCCGAGACCUACUGCCGCCUUUACUCCCUGUCAGCAGAUGACUUCCAUGAGGUGCUGGAAGAGUACCCCUUCAUGAAACAGAUCUACGGAAUUGAUGAUGCGGAUAACCCAAGACACAAUGAUAAAAGAGAGGAGCAGUUGCUGCAGCAGAAUAGCAUGGCAGGAGAAGGCACUAUGACAUCUCCAGACUCAUCCCAGUGUGACACUGAGUUAGGUGGACAGGCCAGCAAAUAUGGUUAAUGAAUGUUAUAUUUCUACAUUAAAACUGACUCCAGCCAAAGCAGUGGAGCAAGAAUUAGCAUAAGCACCCCUAACCCAAACCCAACCUGCCUCCUGCCUGCAGUUCUCUUACUCCAGACCUUUUCCAGAAUGUAUACAGUCCCACACUCAGCCCCUCCUCUUUUAGCUCCAGGUCUCUUCCUAGAUAGUUUUGUUCUUAAACCCCUCUUAUUUUAUAUCCUGUGUUUGUAUUUAACUCUUUAACCUACGUUUCAUCAUACUUUGCACACUUUUAUAUGUGAGCAAAUUGCCUUUAGACACUGUAAUGACAAGAAGACACAUGUUAUUUCAUUAUAUGUAUAUAAUAUAAUAUUUAAAAUAAAUAUUUAUACACCUUAUAAGAAAGCAAGUGUUUCUGUCGUUCUUAAUUUAAAGUUACAAUCAAUUCUAAAAUUGAAAGCAUCUCUGCACAUCCCUACUGCCCUGUCUUAAUUGAUGACAAGACAUGUUAAGCUGUUUGCAGCUAUUCUGGUUGCUUGUGUUUAUGUUGGUUUCCCUUAAUUUUUGUAAGGUUUUGUAAUAUGCCUAUUGGAUUAUAUUAAA